CAGUAAAGGCUGAAAAUCUGGGUCACAGCCGAGGAAGAGUUCAGACAUGAAGUCCAAGAUGUGGCCUGCGCUGCUGCUGUCCCACCUCCUCCCUCUUUGGCCACUGCUGUUGCUGCCCCUCCCACCUCCUGCUCAAGGUUCCUCCUCUUCCCCUCGAACCCCACCAGCCCCAGCCCGGCCCCCCUGUGCCCGGGGAGGCCCCUCUGCCCCACGCCAUGUGUGCGUGUGGGAGCGGGCACCCCCACCAAGCCGAUCCCCUCGGGUCCCAAGAUCGCGUCGGCAGGUCCUGCCAGGCACGGCACCCCCUGCCACCCCGUCUGGCUUUGAGGAGGGCCCACCCUCAUCCCAGUACCCCUGGGCCAUUGUAUGGGGCCCUACAGUGUCUCGAGAGGAUGGGGGGGACCCCAACUCGGCCAAUCCUGGAUUUCUGCCCCUGGACUAUGGUUUUGCAGCCCCCCAUGGGCUGGCAACCCCACACCCCAACUCAGACUCCAUGCGGGGUGAUGGAGAUGGGCUCAUCCUUGGAGAAGCGCCUGCCACCCUGCGGCCAUUCCUUUUUGGGACCCACGGGGAAGGUGUGGACCCCCAGCUCUAUGUCACAAUUACCAUCUCCAUCAUUAUUGUUCUCGUGGCCACUGGCAUCAUCUUCAAGUUCUGCUGGGACCGAAGCCAGAAGCGGCGCAGGCCCUCUGGGCAGCAAGGUGCCCUGAGGCAGGAAGAGAGCCAGCAGCCGCUGACAGACCUGUCCCCAGCUGGGGUCACUGUGCUGGGGGCCUUCGGGGACUCACCUACCCCCACCCCUGACCAUGAGGAGCCCCGAGGGGGACCCCGGCCUGGGAUGCCCCAGCCCAAGGGGGCUCCAGCCUUCCAGUUGAACCGGAUUCCCCUGGUGAAUCUGUGAUGCCCCCCAAUGUUGGGGUGCCGCCAAGCAGGAGGCCAAGGGGCCGGCACAGCCCCCAUCCCACUGAGGGUGGGGCAGCUUUGGGAGCAGGGG